AACGAUUCAUAUCGCCGACGAAUAAUACGAAAUAAAUACGAUGAAGAUGAACGUGUUGCUGUGGAUAGCUUUGAGUGCAUGCGUCACGCACGCUUUUAAUCUAGAACCACGAAUACCUAUUGUCAAAAGAGGUCUGCAGGGCUCCUAUUUCGGCUACUCCGUGGCCGAACAUAUAGAGAUCGAGAGUAACCACUCGUUAUCUAAAUCGAUCAGUUGGAUGCUAAUUGGUGCACCUUUGGAUCAAAAUCGACAACCAGGUACAAACAGAUCAGGAGCGCUUUGGCAAUGUCCAUUGAGUACAUAUACAAGGGAUUGUACUCAAGUUAUUACAGAUGGACGACUGAUGGAUGAUGGUUUAUUAUACAGACCAUACGAAUACGAAUCGUACGAUUCAAAUUUGGAAUCGGAUGAUUUAGUACCGCCAGGGAAUGACGAGAUAAAAGAUAAUCAAUGGUUAGGGGUAACUGUACGUAGUCAGGGAAUAGGAGGUAAAGUUAUGGUAUGCGCACAUCGCCAUAUUGUUAAAACAGCCGAUUCCCAAUGGGGUCAAGGUCAAUGUUACAUAUUAACGCAGGAUCUAAAAUAUGAUGAUCUGAAAAAACCAUGCUCUGGAAAGCCAACCAACAAAGCUCACGAACAGUUUGGUUACUGUCAGGCUGGGACUAGCGGUUUAUUGACAGCUGAAGAUCGUGUAGUGAUUGGUACUCCAGGACCACAUACUUGGAGAGGAACCCUUUAUUUAUUCACCAUUUCUGACGAAUUCUUAACUAGAGACAAUACAGUUUACAACGCGCCAAUGCAAGAUGUUUCACCCGUAAAUAAAUAUAGCUAUCUCGGAAUGUCCGUAACCGUUGGAAACUUUUUUGGCAAGAAUUUGGCUUAUGCGGCGGGUGCACCCCGUUCUAAUGGUACAGGCCAAGUAGUUUUAUUCACCAAGCGCGAUUUCAAGCCCGAUAUGGACGUUGCCCUUACUCUGGACGGCGAACAAUUUGCCUCAAGCUAUGGAUACGAAAUCACAUCAGCAGAUGUAAAUGGAGACAAAAUAACUGAUUUGAUUGUGGCAGCACCGUUCUAUUUUAACAAAGCGGAGGGUGGAGCUGUCUACAUUUAUACAACAUUAGAUAUGUGCAGAACUGUCAAAGAAAAGUGUUUGCCAGUCAAGCUUGUUGGACAUGAGGAAUCAAGGUUUGGAUUCGCACUGACAUCUUUGGGAGACUUAAACAAAGAUGGAUUCGAUGAUAUUGCAAUUGGCGCUCCGUACGAGGGAAAAGGAACAGUUUAUAUUUAUCUAGGCUCUAAGAAUGGUAUAAUUAAAACACCGUCGCAGAUCAUUCAUGCUGAAGAUAUGCCUACACCAUUGAAAACGUUUGGUUAUUCGUUAAGUGGCGGGAUUGACAUGGACCAGAAUGGUUAUUCGGAUCUCUUAGUUGGAGCAUACGAGAACGAUGCAGUCAUACUUCUUCGUUCUAAGAAAAUAAUUGAUAUUUCUACUUAUAUACGUUAUAUAAAAAAUGGAAUAUAUCAAGAUACAAUAGAACCUAUCGAUCCCAACAGAAUUGGAUGUUUGGCCGAUCCAAACUCGAAUCAUACAUGUUUCACGUUUGAGGCUUGCUGCAAGACAGAAUCAUUAGCGAAAGAAGAUUCUAUGCAAAAUUUAAGAUUAAACUACUACAUCGAAGCGGAGACGUACACUGGAACUAAGAAAUUCUCGAGAGUUUGGUUCGCCAGCAAUAACAAUGCACGACCUCAUUACAUUAAUCGAACAGUCAUCUUAGAUAGUACAAAAUUGGUACAUUGCCAAAAAGAAAUUGUUUAUUUGAAGGAGAACACACGCGAUAUCCAAACUCCCAUAAAAUUCCGUCUAAAUUAUUCGCUAAUACAAGAAGAGCCAGUUAUGCCUCCUGAAGGUGCUCCUUUACCCGAUAUGAAGAAUUAUCCGAUACUCAAUCAGCAAGAAGCCGCACGCGUAUUCGAAGCUGUUUUUCAGAAAGACUGUGGAAAUAACGACAUUUGCGAAAGUGAUUUACAAGUGACGGCUAAAUUGAAUUUAUCAGCUUCCUCCAUAAAACCGGACUUCUACGAGCUGCUUUUGGCCGAAAGGGAAGAGAUAGUGGUAGAGGUGAAUGUGGUAAACGUCGGCGAGUCUGCGUACGAGGCUCAAUUGUUUAUCGUUCACUCACAGAGUUUAAACUACAUCGCCAGUAAGAGCAACGAUUCCGUGAUCUGUAAUCUGUACAAUGCCACUAUGGUAUCAUGCUCUAUCGGCAAUCCGUUUAAGAAGGACAAAGCAGUGGACAUACAAGUGAGAUUUGAUCCAAAAGGUCUCGAAGAUAACGAAUCGCAAUUGGAUUUUACAAUUUUCGCAAAUUCCACAUCAAAAGAAGUUAAAGAGAAGCUACCCACUGUGCUGCAAGCUACAGUGCUAAAACGCGCCGAACUUUCAAUCAAAGGAAGCGCAAAAACACAGUGGGCAUUUUAUGGUGGUCCUGUAGUUGGAGAAUCCGCGAUAAAACAUUUGAAUGAAAUAGGACCGAAGGUAUCGCAUAUUUAUCAAGUAUUUAACGAAGGCCCAUGGAAAGUCAGCACUGUGGAGGUGCGCAUUUCAUGGCCUUACGAAGUCGCAAAUGACAAAGCACAUGGCAAAUGGCUGCUCUAUAUGGAAGAGAUGCCGACUAUCCAAGCUCUGGGGGAUGGCGAAUGUACAUUGCCACCAGGACAUGUAGUCAAUCCAUUAAAAUUGCAAGAUAAUAUCAACUUGAACGAUAUUGAUAGCAUUAUACCAUCUUCAACUCCAUCAGCAAUUUUGUAUAAUCAUACUAAUCACAUAAGAAUAACUCGAGAUACGGAAAAGGUUGUAAAUACGCGAACAAUUAUCGACAAGGAUGGACAUCGACAUCGUCUCGUUGCAAUGAAUUGCAAAGCUGGCACAGCAAAGUGUUUUGACAUUAUAUGCUAUAUAUACAAUCUGCAAAGAAAACAGGAAGCCAUCAUAACUGUUAAAGCAAGACUUUGGAAUUCUACUUUAGUCGAAGACUAUCCGAAAGUUGACAUGGUCAAAAUAGGUUCCAAUGCUAGGAUAAUAAUACCUUCAAACAUUGUGAUACAGCAAGAGAAUUUGAAGGAUGAUUACGCAAUUGCCGAGACAAUUGCUUAUCCAGAUCUAUUGGACCAGCAAGAAGCUGACUCUGUGCCAGUAUGGAUAUAUAUAGUAGCCGCAGUAGCUGGCAUGUUAUUAUUUAUACUACUUACAUUAAUACUGAGAAAACUCGGCUUCUUCAAAAGGCGGCGGCCGGAUCCGACCCUAUCUGGAAAUCUCGAGAAGCACAGAGACGAUAAUCCUGAAAACGAAGCAUUAUUUAAACAUUAAGCACUCGAAAUAAUCAAAACAUAAAACUGCAACAAAUUGUCAUGAUUACUUAAGAUUAAGUACUUAUGGAGAAGAAGAACAGGAAAAAGAUGGUAAUGCAAAUAUACGUAUAACCAUAUGAUUUAUUUCUGAUUUUAUACUGCCUAAAUUUGAAAUGCAUAUUUUGUAUGCAUGAGCAGCUAAAGAUACACUAAGAUUGAUAAAAUAGUUUGUGAUAUUGUUAUACAUUUUACUAAAUGCAUUUUAUGCACACACGACAAAUUUUUCUCAAAGAAUGUUUAGAUUGUAUGUAUGUGUGUAUGUAUUACAGGAGCAUCAUAAAUGCCUUAACGUUUAUUAUCUUUUUUUAAAGGAAGAAACGUACAUCUUUUUAAAUAGUUGAAGACUGUCUACAAUGAAGAAACGACACAAUAAUUGAAAAGUAGCAACACGAACAUGUAUCUGAAUGACUAAAUAAAGAACAAAAAAUUUUUUCCAUAUUAAAUAAGUUGAUAAAGAUAUUUCUUUAAUUUCUGUAUAUAGAUUAUACUCAUUUUAAAUAUUAUUUUUAAAAACAUUUGUUUUGAAUGAAGAUAAAAUACAAACAGAUAAAGAAAUAGCCACUGAUUGUUAAGGCAUUUGUAAUGUUUUUUGUAUAAUAUGAAAUAUAAGUUUUAUAUCGAAUAGAAAGUAUAUGUAGCUUUUAUUAGUUUAUUCAUAUAUUUUAUUCACGUGCGCGCGCGCGCGCACACACACAUACGCAUACAGACAGAAAGAGAAAGAUGUCUGACAUUAAUGCAUUUAAAAAUAUGACUGCCCAACCGCUCAGCGGUCAACGUUACUAGGUGCCGAGAGUUUUAUUUAUAAGGCAUUGGAUGCGCAAGAGUAGCGUAUAACUAUAAUUAUAUCGUUCAUACGAACUAUAUCUGCAAAAAAUAUCUGUCCACAUGCAUAGCAACAAUGACCGGUUGUAUCUCGCCGUACACUUACAUUUGGCGGUAGACCAGGUGAAUUCGGCCAUCUUUAUAAAUUAAUAACUCAUUAACUACUA